CUAGCUUCGAAUUUCACAGCCCAUUCAUUUCUACAGGACGUUACCACUUUAAUGAUGGUCUCCUAUGGAUAGAGGCGGUGAUAAUGCCCUCCGGCCUUUCUGAUUGGACAAUUAAAAUGCCUAUCAGCAAUCUUCAGAUUCGGAACAUUUGACAGCGGCACUGCAGGGAGCUGACAGGAGCCUCUCCCGCCCGGCUUCGUUCGUUUAAUUUAGUUUCCUUACCGUGUGUAUGAGAGAAAGAACGGUUAAAUGCAGUUCACUAACUGAAUGGAAUAUCCUCAUAAAAGAUCCCAUAACAGACUGCUGCUUAUGUUCUCCUCACCAUGGCGACAGUUGUGAUGGAGCAGAUUGGGCGGCUGUUUAUCAACGCACAGCAACUUCGCCAGAUUCCCCGUUUCCUGGAGUCUGCCUUCCCUACAUUGCCAUGUACUGUGAUGGUCAGUGAUGUGCCGUGGGUGUUCCGUGAGUCACACAUUUUCACAGGCUACAGGCCACCUGACCAGAACUGGCGCUACUACUUCCUAACUCUGUUCCAGAGGCAUAACGAGUCUUUAAAUGUGUGGACGCACCUGCUGGCCUCCCUCAUUAUCUUAGUCAAGUUUCAGGAGUUGUGUGAAACUGUGGACUUCCUGCGUGACCCUCACGCCCAGCCGCUUUUCAUCUUGCUUCUAGCUGCAUUCACCUACCUGGCAUUUAGUGCACUGGCCCAUCUACUCUCAGCCAAGUCUGAGCUCUCUCACUACACUUUCUAUUUCUUGGACUAUGUGGGCAUAGCUGUAUAUCAAUAUGGCAGUGCCCUGGCCCAUUUCUACUAUGUUGUCGACGAAGAGUGGCAUUCUCUAGUGCGAAGCUUAUUCUUGCCAGCUGCGGGCUUCCUGGCCUGGCUGUCUUGUACAGGCUGCUGCUACGGCAAGUACGCCAGCCCGAGCAUGCCAAGGUUUGUUCACAAGCUAUUUCAGGUGGUGCCCUCAGGCUUGGCCUACUGUUUAGAUAUCAGUCCAGUGUUCCAUCGCAUCUAUAAAUGCUACACCUCUGAGCAGGGCUGUGCAGAUCAGGCGGUGAUCUACCACUGCUAUCAGGUCCUCUUCUUCUUGAUUAGCGCCUACUUUUUCUCGUACCCUCACCCAGAGCGCUGGUUCCCUGGAUGUUGCGACUUCAUCGGACAGGGCCAUCAGAUCUUCCACGUGUUCCUCGUUCUUUGUACUCUAGUGCAGAUUGAAGCAGUGCUACUGGAUUAUAGUGAGAGAAGAAUUCUCUAUGAACGUCUCCAUAGUGACUCGACGGCUCACGACGCUGUUGCUCUCUUUGUCUUUACAGCAUGUUGCAGUGCACUCACUGCCUUCUAUAUGCGCAAAUGUGUGAAGACAUUUCUAGAAGAAAAGCAAGAGUAGAUAUUUUGGCAAGAUACGGGUCUGGGACAAGAUAACCAUGCUUUCAUAUAUUGGAAGGAUUGCACUUGUCUACGACUGAAAUGACUAAUAUAAGGACCUACUUCUAAUUUUUGGUGUAUUCAUUGUUCGUGUUUUUUUUUUCUGAGGCCUGCCAAACUGGUACCAUGCUUUAAAACUGCAUUAUGCACAGAUAGUAGCUCUAAAAAAACUGCCUUUUCAGACUGUCAGCUGAAAAGUUUUGUGCUCAACUCUUUUGAUUGACGAGUGCCAUUACACCCCAUUAAACCCAACAUUUAUGUGUGAUCUAUGAGGGGGUAUCAGCAUAUUUGCUGAGAGUUUACUUUGCAUACAGGAACCACUGUAGAUAGUUUAGGUAGAUCAGCACUGGAUUUGAACAUACAUGCAUUGUGCCUCUAAAUCUGACCUAAUCUAGGUGCACAAAUACACAGAUGCAGAGUGCUGCUCUAAAUCAAUGUUACACAUCAUCAAACAUAAUUGCCAUGCUAUCAGACAUUGCAAAGACCAAUGCUAUUUGCAAAGUGUGGCAACUCAACUCAUUUGGAUGUCAGAGUUAAAUGCACAGGUCUUUUAGAUCAUGAAUGGGAAAAUAAAAUGCAACCUUCAUACAGGAUUUCAUUAUGAAAUAUGGGCUGAUUAUUAUUCAAAUUUUUUAUUAUUAUUAUUAAAUGGACUGAAUGCCCUCUCUGCAGUGCUUUUCAAGAUUUGACAUAGUUUCAGCCUCAAUAGACUAAUACAAAUCAGUGUCAAAAUGACUUCUGACUGGUCUUGCAGUGUGUCCUAUCUAUCCAGUGUCACUUUGAGGUCAGUUGAUUUGGUUAGGUUAUUGCGAAAUGGAAUCGAUCUGUGGUUUAUGAGUAUCAGUUAUGCACUGCCAGUGGACAUUCCCUUCCAUUUUUCAGUUACCAAUACCAAAGGAUGUUAUGUUAUUACAAGGAGAGUGGCAGGAUGUAAUGUCAUGGGCUUGCAGUAUAGUCAGAUUUAAGAAAUUUUAAUUUAACUAACCAUAGCUGACGUGUUAUUAAUUUAGCACAAAAAGAGCACUUGUUCUACUCAUCAUUAUGACUUUUAAAUGUAUUAAAAGUAGUUCAAUGACAUCAAUAGCUUUUAGUUUUGUUUUACAUAACAUUUAAAUAUCUGCCAAAGUGACUUUUGAGAAAAAAUGUAUAUGUCCACCAUAGAUAUGAUGUCUCCUUUUGUCAUGAAGAUCAUCCUUUUGUACACAAGGGCUACACCUAUGACCUAUACCUUUACUCAUACCCGAUACGAAUGCCUUUGUGUGUUCCAUAUGUGUAGUUUUGUAUUGGCGGUUCAAAACUUUAUUUACGAAAACAGUCUGGGCAUCAAAAAUGUUAAAUGUGUUUUUCUAAUGUGCCUGACUACAUGCACGCAUCCUUAUGUGUGAAUAUGCGUACAGAUGCUUGUGAGUGUGUGUACAUUUUUGAAAGUAUACUGUAUACCUAUUUAAGUUGGCUACUUGUAAGAAAGGAUAUGAAGGCUCUUUCUUAAUAGUCUGACCCUGUCUAGCUUUUUAUUGAACCCGUUACAUGCACACCAAUAUGCUGAUUACUCUUUAGAAUCAGCUUAUUUAAAAUAUCUGACAAGGCAAGAAAUCUGCGUUUACAUGAGAUUUGAAAUAAUAGCGUUUUGACGUGAAAGUGUGAAGAGGCAUGUGCUCACCACAUGCGCACAUUGGAAAAGCCAGUGAGAACACUGUGUAAGGCAUUUACAUGGCACUUGAAAUUGGUGUAAUGGGCAAAAAUCUAUAUGUAUUGAUUGGGUUAUUCAUAAGCCAUUUAUGGCCUUUACAUAUAAAGGAACACGGUUUAUUGCUUUUAAAUGACUGCACGCAUUGUCGGCUUAUUAAACAUAAUCGGUGUAAGAACGUGCAUGUAAAUGCGCUCUGACCAUGAAAUUCAACUAGCUCUUGUGUAAAGAAUUAAUGGGCAAGGAGGAGGUGAGAACCGGCUUGACAAUAUAAAUAAUAGUUUUAUGAAGAAAUAAACAAAAACACACAAACAUAAACACAGAGCAGCUGCAUGUCAUUCUAUCUCUCUCGAACCAACGUCACCGGCCGCCUUUAUCCCUCGCGCACCCCAUCAGGCUGAUUGGGGAUCGGGCGUGCAUUGUUCCAGCCCGGCACUGCCCUCCUCCGCUCUACACCUUGAUAUUGUGCCACCAGACUGUUGCUGCCUUACCUGAAAAAGGUUCUGUGCAAUGUAGUAUAAAAGCUGAUUUAUGAUCCUGUCCCAUUGUUGUGCAACAGAAAAAAAUUCUUGUUUCCAUGGUACCAUGGUUGAGGUAAACUCAACCGUUGAAAAAUAAACCGUUGAGUUUAUUUUUGGAACCAGUAACACAGGGCAGUCUAAGCCAGUUUAACAGCAGCAGCACACAACAAUGUCACAGAUAGAUCAAGGACUGGAACCAAUGAAGUGAUUGACAUGUUUACUUGUCAAAUGACUGAAAAUGAUGAGGAUUUUAAAGGGGUCAAGUCAGAGAUGCACUUAUAAUUUUAGUAAAUGUUUUUGCACAAACAAAUUCAUAAUAUAUUAUUAUUAAAUUAUUUUUUUCCACCCUGUCUUUGGUCUUCUGGCUGAAACGCUCAGUUUUCUGUGCUUUCAUCUUUGAGACUUCAAAAUACUUGCCCACUGCUCUGUGUUAUGAUUGGAUAACAUCUUUGAAGCGCAAACACACUCGUGGAACAGUUUUUUUACCAAGAUUUUCGUCUAGUGUGGCCACUUCCCGUGAAAGAAAGAUGAGAAAGCAGACACUAGUCUAUACUACACUAUUGUCUUUCAUUGCAAUUCUGGCUACAAUUUCAUCUUAUAUAAUAAAAUUAUAUAAUCUCGAAUAAAUAUUAUGUGAGCAAUUGUGUAUUUCUUUGGUAAGUAACCAUGUAAUAAGCAUGAUCCACUUCACGUUGGAGUCCUGAUCAUGGUUUGUUUUGCGAUAAAAAAGCUGAAUAUACAAAUCCUUACAUAUACAUAUCCUUACACAGACAGAAAAAGUGGAAUUAAAUUUGUUACUCACCGACAUUACUGUUGUGUUCAAUAUAGUUUGCACUUCUCCAGCUUUCAGUAUAAGUUUCUUUGCAAAGUCUGAUUUAUAAUAGUUUUCAAAACUUUAUCCUUAGAGAAAUGUGGUGAACAAAACUUUUAAUACCAGAUUGCAGGAACUUUGUUAAAAAUAAACUUAAGUCACUUUUCCUUUACGUUGCCAUCCUUCAGAAGGGUAUGUAGAGACACUGAAUUUCCACAGCCAUGAACGGAACAAUUUUUUUCGAAUCUUCCCUGAUAUUGCAAUCUCUUUGGUAUUAAAAUAACAACUAAAGCAAUGGUCCCUCUAAGUGUGUCGGAAUGGCUUUACCUGUCCUGCUCUCUCAUUAUCAUUCACUUACCAAAGAGAUGAUGAUGUAAAAAGAGGCAUUGAUCACUCGCUGUGGAGGUGGUCAUGUAUUAAAGGCACGAAAUAGCGACCAGGAGGAGGUUACCCCAUGUGACUACCCUCCCUAGCAACUGGGCCAAUUUGGCUGCUUAGGAGACCUGGCUGGAGUCACUCAGCACACCCUGGAUUUGAACUCGCGACUCCGCGGGUGGUAGUCAGCAUCAAUACUCGCUAAGCUACCCAGGCCCUCCCUAAUAUAUUCAUUAUUAUAGGCUGUUAUAAAAUAAUAAUGCAUCAUAUUUUUCCAUUAUGUGAAGAUUCGCUGCCCAACUCAGUGAAAGAAUAUGCACAACAUCUGUCUGUUCUUCCUUUAGGUUAAAGAUUGGGUUAGGUUAGUAAUCUUAGUAAGCGCGCACCAGUUUUUUAUUGACUGUCUGAACCACCUAUUUUCAAAUCGCAGUUGGUCAAAUCGUGGUUGGUUAACAUAACCAUCGUGUUUUUAAUAUGCGUGUAAAGUUGAAGUUCAGUCACUGCAUUCUGUUUCAUUUAGCUGCUCUCUGUCUAGCUUUCUGUCUCGCCUGCUGUAUAUGCAUUGCUUCUGUGUGUUGAGUCCAGUGCCACAUGCCUUGUGUGUGUGUGUGUGUGUGUGUGUGUGUGUGUGUGUGUGUGUGUGUGUGUGAAUGUGUGAGUAUGUGGAAGCGUGUGUGUGUCCCCAAGUGUUCGCUGCUGUGAGGAAAGCUGCGAUGCUCUCUGUUGUUGUUACUGUGGUGAUUCAUGAAGCAUUACAAUCAACUCGGAGAGUCCGAAUUUCCAACUGGGGAAAGUGCAAUAGAAUGACACUUUAUGUCGGACCUCUAACUUGGAAAGUUGUGUGGAAAUCUUCAACUCCCAUUUUGUCGAGAUACAGAUGUGUUACGUAACGCAAACAUUUCGGCACCCAGGAUUGGAUGGUUUACAAUCAGUGACAAACAUUCACUUUUUUAAAAUAAUAUCCAUUAAGGAGUCAAAGUUCAUACAUUAAAUUAUAUUAAAACUUGUUUGGCAAACAUCAGUCUUUGUAGUUUUCAAAACACAGUGAAUUACACUCUCUUUUUAUUACUGUAAAGAUAGCAUUUCAGCAUCGUAUAUCAGUUUGGUUCCUAUGAGAUGUCUCUGACAAUCAAUGUACCCCUAAAAAACCACAACAUAAUCAAUCUCAAAUUAAAAAAAAUAAGCUCCCUCUUUGACAUGUUUGUGUUUUGCUGUCAGGUAAUUGUCACUGAAUUUCAAAUUAAGUGAAAAGUCACAUCAUGCAUGAUCACCAUCAAUCAUCGUUUUCAUGAUCGAUCAUUGCUGCCAUGUCUGAGUACUCGAGUGCCCAUCCCUGCUCAUAACAAAUGAUCUCACUAGCCUCGUUCACACAUGCAACCAGAGAAAUUACAAGAAGAUCAUUGGGUUGCCUUUACUGAUAAAUGUACCAAAUGUGCUGUUUACACAUUCCAUCAAUAAGGAAAUGUAUUGGUAAUGAAACAACUUCGCAUAAUGGAAAAUUACCAGAGCAAAAUGUACCAGUAUUUUCAUAAGGGUCGUGUUCACACACCUCUAAACUGGAAAUGUUAGAUAAUUUUUGGGAAAAGGCUGUAUGUGUGAACGUGACUACUGUGCAUGCUUUAUUUAAAGAAAGUCCAUAGCAAAAUAUAAAUUGUGAUGCCAUUCGUCUAUGUUAUUAAUGAUGACAUGAAAGAAUUAAUGGUAUGCAGCAGCAACAAUUCAUGGAAUGUGUCAUUUCUGCCUUACCAGCCUAUGUGUACUAAGAAAAUGGACCACAAACCCUCUCUUAGUGGAGUAAAUAGGGGCUGCCAAGAACUGCAGUCACGAGUAAGAAAAACAACACAUGAGGUCAUCUCCUGGCACAACCAGGAUUUGACCUAAAGCCUCAGUUCCAGUAUUGCUCAAGUGGAAACUCAUCAAAUUCAGGAAAUUACUUUUUCUAAACUGUUAUCUGUUUCUUAAGUUCUUUAAUAAAUUAUUCACCUCAAAGGCACUUCAAAAAUCUAGACCUUUCUUUCCAACCAUUCUUUUUUAAACGUCUCCAUGAUUAGAGUUUGGUUUAGCGAUUGUGUUUAUUUUGUAUUGCACUUAAGUAAAGAGGAAGGAUUGCUCAAAAAGUAAGUUUAUAACUGCCAGCAGUCCAGCACCGAUUUUAUUCAGUCUUUAAGCUUUUUUACAGUACUCAAUCAUGAGCCUUUGCACAGAGCUGAACUCGAGCUGAACACGAUGUUUCCCACUGCAGGUCAGAACAGGAACAAGACUGAUGUAAUCUAAACUUUACCGUUGUGUGUGGUAAUGACUGUGUUGAUGUACUAUGAUAUUUAAGUAAAUAAACAAGUGUAAUUCCCAC